ACGGCUGCUUUCAAGUGAUACACUAAGGGUAGUGUACCGGAUGUUGAUAGACCCACACGUUGCCUUCAAGAAUUGAAGGCACAUUCUUAUUGAUGUGGGUAGCAUUUCUUCAAAACCUGACUUUAUAACAUGUCGGCGUCGUUGAUCAGGAGAGGAUUGGAGCUGCUGAGUAAUGACAUUAAAGAUGCCAGCAAAGUGAAGAAGAAGAAGCAGCAGCAGCAGCAGCAGACUCCCAGCUCGGCCAAAGUCAUGGAGCUUGUGAGCACCAAGCGGCAGGGAGUCACCAAGCAGGUCAAAAGGUUACAGGGUCGCCUCGGCCCUGGCAAGAGCAAAGCUACAGUCAAAGACAAGAGGAUCAAAUCUGCAGUCGAGGAGUUCAGAAAGAAGCAGAGGAAGAGCCAGAUGAGUGCUAACCUCAAGUACUUCAUGGAAACUGGCUACAAAGCAACAGACUCGGACACUUUGAAGAUCUUAAACCACAACUCGGGGAGACAGUCCAGGAAUCGCCCCGAGCGACCUGCUAAGAAAGCUAAGGAGCCAGAGUCUUUGUUCACAGAGGAGGAGUUCCAGCAGUUCCAGAAGGAAUUCUUUGGGAGGACUGUGGAGGACAAUUAAUAAAGCACACCCAAACAAACAAUACGGACACAGUGGAAACUCCACAGCUGUGUUUUGAUGACCAUAGACGAUUUCUGGACCAGGUUAGGUUCUGGCAGGUAAAUUUACUGCACGUCUCGGCAAUGGGCAAAGAAGACUUGGAGGUAUAAUGUUUAUAUGAGUUGAAAGUUUAAUUGUAACUGCAGACACAUUCAGCUGUAUACAUUUCAUUCUUAAAUGUCUCCAUCUAGAAUCUAUUUACAGAGUCAUUAGUUAAUGUGCUUAUCCAAAAAGGAGUCAUUGCUCUUCAUUUCUCAAGAGAUAGUGCCGCUUAUUAAAAGGUUUUAGAAGCCGCAUUUUGACUGUUGUUUAAGUGAAACUGCCAAACCAUUGAAGCCACUUCAUUUUCACAUGAAACGACUUAUCUACUGAAAAAAAAACACAAUAAAAAUGUUUCUUUUUUUUGUGUUUGAAAUUGUUGAACUUUUCUCCAUAUUUUACAUUUUUAGUGGGAUUCUGUUCUUUUCAUUGUUCCACUGUUCUCUGAUAUUGAUCAUAUAUUGACAUUCUAUUCUAUUGAAAAACUUUGGUUCCGGUCAAUCAAUUGUAAAAAUCAUUGGAGCUUCAUUGAUGCAGCUGUGGUCCGUUCUGUGCUAGAUUUUAGUUGAGUCAAGACUUCACACCAGAUUUUUUCGAAAUUAGAAUAAAAAGAAUCCCACGGUCGUUUAGUAUUCUUUGAUUCAUCAUGGUGCAGCAGACAAAUCUAAUCUAAAAUCUAAUCUAAAAAGACAGUAAUGCAUGUUUUAAUGACAUAAUAAAGUUUAAGGUGUCUGUUU